UUCUGUUAUUACACCUCAUUUCGUUAUUUCCUUUAUUUUACAGACACGUUCCAACGUUCAAGGGACAAAACAGAGCGAUUUUAGGACACAUUUUAUUUUAGCGGUGGAGGCAAAAAAAAAAAAAAAGAAAGAAGAAAAGUCUCUUACUACUAAAACAGAUAAGCACAUUACUGUUUAAUUGGUUUUGUUUUCUUCUUCAUCGUUCUGUUCCUCGUAUCUUCUCCACCGCUUGUUUUGUUCUGUUUUUAUUUUCUCUUGUGCGAGAAAAUUCAGUGUCUUCACUAACCCAAAACGAUCUUCUCCUCCUUUUUUUACUUCCUCUUGUAGAGACACACAGAAACAGAGAGCUGUUCUUUAAAACCUUCGAUCGGUUGAUAAAACUCGAAUGAGUGUUUGAUUCGUAAAACAUAUGGAGAUAUCGUCUUCGUCCCAACGGUUCGGUUGUAUCCUUAGAGAUCGUAAUCAAAACGCUUUCGUUUGCAAGAAGAAUCUAAAAGCUCCGGUGAAAGACCGCCAUCAUCAUCAUCAUCAUCACGAGCUCUUUAAAUCUCACGUCUCCGACGAGAAUUCUGAGAACUUGGUCGAUUCUUGGAUCGAGACUCUUAAUAAAAAGAACAAUACCAACAAUGGUAUUGGUCGGUUAACGGGUAAACCAACCGUUAGAAAAUCGCGUGUUAGUGCAUCUCCUCCUAUAGAAGAAUCUGUUUCGAGGAAGGAGAAAUGUGAUGAAUCGAAGAGAAACAACGGAGCUUCUUCGCUGGUACAGAUAUGGGAGGCGAGGCUAAACCCAUCCAGCGGCGGAAACUCGCCGAGCCAUAACCAAUCCACGGUGGCUAGUAGUAUCCGGGGAGAUUCAGGAGACAGCGUUCAAGAUUCGUGUUUCUCAGAAUCUCCGUCUGAUGAAUCGGAAGCUGAGAAUGGUCAUGUGGAGAUGGAAUCUCGGUCACAGGGUUCAGUUUCUGAUUCCGGUAGAGUCGCUGACUUAAUUAGGAGGCUUAGCAAUGAAAAGAAGCUAAUCGCCGUCGGGGGUGGCCUCUCGACUAUCAAAACGCCGAGACCUUACAUUUCGUCGGAGAAAAGCAGUUUUCCGUUGGUUAGUUGCUCGCCGAGACUCCGAGGACGGCAAGCGUUCACCGAUCUGCUUAUGCGAAUGGAACAGGAUCGCCACCGCGAAUUGGAUUCGCUUCAUCAACGCAACGCAGUUUCUAAGUUUACUCAACGCGGCCGCCUCCAGUCAAUGCUAAGGCUGAGGAAUCUCAAACGCUGUCUAGCAAUUCAAGAUCAAUACCGGUCUAACGAAAAAACGACCAGAUUAAACCGGUUCGAACCAGGCUCUGCUGUUCUACGUUUAAGGGAGAAAUUUCGUGCUAACGCAGUCAACGCUGAUACGAGUAAAGAGACAGAAGUAGCUACAGAGAGGACAGGGUUGAAGAAAGGCGGUAUUAAUCAAGAAGCUUCUUUCGCUACAGCAGGCACAACGUUAUGUAAGGAAGAAGAAACUGUAAAUAGAACAGUUGAAGCAAACGUGGAUUGCCUUGAGCUGCAAGAAACAAGAGGUGCAAAGACUUGGAAUGACAACAAGUUCGAAGAUAAAGAAGAAGAAACAAGUCAGAGCGAAACUCCAGAAUCAACCCAGAAUAAACUUGAGAUAAAAAUGGAAAAUUGUGUGCAAGAAGCUCCAGAGACGCAAGGUGUGGGACAUGAGAGUAACGAGAUGGACCAGUGCCUUGAGCAACAAGAAACAUCAUACAUGAAUGGAUGGGAAGAGUAUGAAGAGGAGCAGUAUUAUUACGGAGAAGCGAACAAUGACUGGCUUAGCGAAAUAUCACGGCCGAGAAGUUAUUGGGAGGAACUGAGGAAGUCACGGUACCUGGAAGUAAUGAACACUCGGUCUGAGAAAGAAGACAUACGUAGACUCCUUGAGCGAAGAACGGUAACAGACUUUCUCGAGAGCGGGUUAAGAGAGGAGAUCGAUAGGCUCAUGAUGUCCCGUGUGCAGACACACUCGAAUAAAUCUUGUGAAAAAUGGGAACAAGAGGAAGAACAGAACAAUGAAGCUGACGAAAAAGAAGAGCCAUUAACAGAAGGCGAAGAGCAAGACGAUAGAGAUGAUGACUCUAGCCGAGCUUCUUCUCAUAUUUUUGCAUCGUCUCCUGCCGGAUCAUGGAGUUCGCAAGACACUGAAGUAACGUCUUCCACUCCUGUCUUGUCUGUUCAUAAUUCUCCUUCACCCGAAAUGGAGCUUAUAAGUGACAUGAGAGCACAGAUCCAACAGCUUCACCAAGAAAUGUCGUUACUGCGAGACUCUGUCAAGACAUGUUUGGAUGCUAACGCGAGCUUGCAACAGUCAUUCCACGGAGAAAACCCAAUGAAACGCAAAUGCUGCGUCUGCGACGAAACGCAGGUCGAAGCGGUUUUGUAUAUGUGCGGACAUAUGUGCACGUGCUUGAAAUGUGCCAAUGAACUACACUGGAGUGGAGGGAAAUGCCCGAUUUGUCGAGCUCAGAUUAUGGACGUUGUUCGUGUCUUUUUAGAUACAAGAAACUGAAAUAAAAAGGGUUCUUAAACGAGUCCACUAACCCUUUAGGCCCUCUGUUUUACUCAUCGCGUUUAUUUGGCGUUUUGGGUCUGAGUAUCGUAAUGUUCUCUUUAAUAUUAGGUUUUUUGUUACCAACAUUGUAACGAAAGGUUUUGUUUAGUUUUAUAAAGUUAAGUUUUGAUGUCCUAA